GGGCGGGGGUUGAUGCGGGCCCGGGGGAGGGGUCGUGCAGCCCCUCCGGGCAGUCGAGGCCGAGGAAGGGGGGGGCCCCAUAGAGGAAGAGGUAGGCCUCGGAGCCUACUGUCUCUUCCCAGGGCCCAGGCGUCCUGGGCCCCCCAGCUCCCCGCCGGGCUGACCAGCCCACCGGUUCCUUGUCUCCCCUCUCAGGGGGAGGCCCCCGCUGAGAUGGGGGCGCUGCUGCUGGAGAAGGAGCCCCGAGGAGCCACCGAGAGAGUUCAUGGCUCUUUGGGGGACACCCCUCACGGCGAGGAGACCCUACCCAAGGCCAAUCCAGACUCCUUGGAGCCUGUUGGCCCCUCAUCUCCGGCCUCGGUCACUGUUACCGUCGGCGACGAAGGGGCUGACACCCCUGUAGGAGCGACGCCGCUCAUUGGGGACGAGCCCGAGAAUCUGGAGGGAGAUGGGGGCCGAAUCCUGUUGGGCCAUGCCACAAAGUCGUUCCCCUCUUCUCCCAGCAAGGGGGGUGCUUGUCCCAGCCGGGCCAAAAUGUCAAUGACAGGAGCAGGAAAAUCGCCUCCUUCGGUCCAGAGUUUAGCUAUGAGGCUGCUGAGUAUGCCGGGGUCCCAGGGAACUUCAGCUACAGGGCCUGAACCUCCACCUCCUCCACCACCCCCUCCACCAGCUACCACCACCCCGGAGGGUCAGCCCAAGGUUCACCGAGCCAGGAAAACCAUGUCCAAACCAGGAAAUGGGCAG